AGGCGGAACUGAGUAUUCGCCAGUUGCGGUGUCUAGUCGGGCGGUGUUCGGUGACGGACCGCUUCCCUUUUUUUUUUUGCUUUGGGGCUCGGAGACGCGUGUCACGAGUCACAUGUGAGGAUCGUUCGGCGGUUUUCACUUCAGUGACCAUGCCAAAAGCAGCAAAGAGCCGAGGAGGGGGACAGGAGAAAAAAGUCAUCCACCCUUACAGCAGAAAAGCUGCUCAGCUCACAAAAGAAGCACACAAACAAGAGAAAAAGGAAAAGUUGAAAAAUGAAAAGGCCUUUCGUCUUAGUGUUGUGGGUGAAAAACUCCUUUGGUUUCAGAGUCACCUGGAUGCUAGCAAGUUGGAAUACACAAAAACAGAAGCCUGUGAUCUAGUAGAAAACUAUUUGCAUCGAUUCAGCGAUGAGUUGGAACAGAUCGAACUGCACAACAGUAUUAAGGGCAGACAGGCAAGGCAGCACAGUGCCCGAGAAACUGUCAUCAACCAGACCAUGGAACGUGAAAGACAGCUGUACGAUGGAUAUGGGCUAGAUAUUCCUGAUAUUGUGAACAGCAAACAUUUAAAAACUUUCAGAAAUUGGGAUGGUGAUCUGAAGAAGCUGCCAAACAUUAAAAUGAGAAAGCUAUCCAGUAAAGAUGCCCUUACUACUAGGAUGGAGAAAACAUCUGUUGAAGAUGAAAAGGAACUUUGUACAGCAGAGGAUGUACACUAAUGAACAGCUGCUGACAUGAAGAUGAAAGCUGAGGCAUGUUGUUGAGUGUUUUAAUGAUCAGCGGGCGCAAGACUAAGGCCUGUUUUCAGCCAAUUCCAGACCCAGCUCUUUUGCCUAUUCUAAUUGCAUCCUGUCUUGGCCUUCAGUUGUGGCAUGAAACAUUGACAUGUUAUGUCCCUGUAUUUCAGUUUUUAAUAUAUUUGAGAUUUGUAAAGGGAAUAGAGAAGACUCUCAAAGGCAAGUUAGAUGUUAUCGGGACUAAUCUAAAUUUCCAGAUUUAUGCAUGCUUAGUGCGCAGGAAAAAAGGAAACUGAAUUCUUCUCUUGCAUCUCCCUUUUCUCCUCCUCUUUUGGGGCAGUGGGAAGGAUACUUCCACUGUUUGACUUUCAAUGAGAUUGGCAAUUAUGGAAAAAGCAGUUUCAAGGGGAAUAUAUGGCUGAAGGAUAGGUUAGCUACGAUUCGUACCCUGUCCCUUUAUAGUCCCAUUCUAAUAUUUUUUCUCAUUUAAUCAGUGUUUUUGAGAUAGCCCCCUUAUAUUAUGAAGGUAUAUCAGAGCUGUAACUUGUAUGAUGUGGUGGCAUGUGUGCAUUCUAGUGAUCUCCAAAACUAUUAUUCUUUUCUUCAUGUUGCCUGUUCUUUCUUUUGUAAAGUUUCCCUGGUAUUUUUUCCCAGUCAGUUUUCAUAAGCCAGCAGCAAAAAUGUGUUGCAGGUUAGGAUGGUGGUAGGCAGUUGUGGCUAGAGCACUUAUAUCAUCUUUCUAAUUGCCCUCACACUUCUCUCUGUGUCAGACUACACAGGACAUUGGUGUGUUGUGUGUAUAGAGUGCCCAGAUGUUUAUGUUCCAUGUUAAGUGGUUUUUUUAACCCAGAACAUCCUAUGUUGCAUCUGAGUAGCCCCCAAAUACCCCUGAAAUGCUAGGCUAGUUUUUGUGUCAACUAUGUUUUGCUGUGCUUCAUGUAUCUGGCUUUCCCCCAUCCUGAAUGACGAAGAAGAUUAUGCAAGAAAUUAACCUUGAAUAACGGGAUCAAGAAUGUGUGGAAGCAAGUCUGAAAGGAGCCUGGAAUUGUUAUAAGACUUCUCAGUUCUUCUACAAUGCAGAAUCUGUUUAGUACCUGCAUAAAUGUUAAUUUUCAUUAUAAAUUAAUUGUUUUCUGAUUUUUGAAUGAGUUUCACCAGCAAGCAAGCAAAGUUUUUUUAAAAAAUGUAGUGUCACUUUGUAAGAUAAAUACUUCUACAGUCUGAGUUAAUACAACUAAGACCAAAUUGGUGACAUUAACCAAUGUAGAAUAGGGGACGUUUUCUAAGAAUUUAGAGAGAGUGAACACAUAUUGGCAAGAGCAAAAGUUAAUGUCAGGUUACUGCCUAUUAAGGAGAGAAAAAGUACAGUGUGACUUUUGCUUCUCUUGUAUAAAAUGAAUGACAUUAUAGUCAUGGAAACCAUGUCAGAAAAGCUUUUUUGCAGAGUUAUAUUGACUAUUCCUUAAAACAAGUCUACUAAAACAAAAUAAAUUAUAUAUUUAUGUAUGCUCCAAAUUAAACUUUGACAGUUCA